AUGCCUGGGCAAUACUCUGUUGAGGAUCUCCUGAAAUUGAGGGCAUCUCCAUUAAUCUGCAAGCCUCCGAAUCUUCCUGCUAUUGAUGAAUUCCUUUCUACACAAGAAUCUUCCACGAAAAAACCUACUACUCGCGGUCGGCCUGAGGAUGCCACCAACCAGUCUGAGGGUUUCCCCAAGCGACCGCUUCUAGAUGCGUCUCAGAGAAAGUCAACUACUGACCCAGACCGCAUCGUGCUCGGCCCUCCUAAACGAUCAUUUGCCUCAUCUAGCGCACGCGCCAACGGGAAGACAGCAGAUGGCGAUGAAGGAACCAGAGAUGGUCAAAAGAGUCUUGGCGAGCGACGAGCCAACGGUCGCUUUGCCCGCGAAGAGGGCGACGAGAAGUAUGGCCGACGUCCCCGCGAUGACGACGGCGAGGCGAGACCACGCCGAGACUAUGAACGCAAACCGAAAUGGGCGGCCGAAGAAGGCGAGGAGCAGAAACCGCGCUCAGGCAAGAGGUUUGAUCAGCCGUGGUUCAGAUCCGACCGGCCAGGUGAUUCGUUGGAGGAUACUACCCGAGAUGGUGAUCGUGAGUGGCGCCGGGGAGGUGGAAGGGAACGCGGUCACGACAAGCACAUGCCUGCGGAAGCCGAGCCAGAAUGGAUGGAUGCGCCGAUUGAAGAGGAGGCUGCCGCCCCGCCGCGCACUCAAGAAGACUUCCAGCGCUGGCGAGAGCGCAUGAAAGCUGGCAAGCCGGCUGAGACCAGCGAUCAGCCAAUUUUCAGUCCUUUGUCUCCACCGCCGUCUGCCAUCGAGCCCAAACCCCCCCUCCCACAAUUUUUCGAUGAGCCAGACGACUCCAUGGACAAGUUCUAUACACGACUCAGUGAGCAAAAGGCCGCUGCAGAGAAACCCCAAACUGUGACCAAGCCUGCUGGAAAGAGCAAGUUUGCUGCACUCUUCGGUCCUCCGCCCCCGGAGAUGCAGAAGGCCGUUUCUCCAGAGCCGACCUUCCAACAACAACCUCAAGCUCCCCUGCGCGAACAGUCAUCCAGCGCCGAUCCUAUCCAGCAGAUGUUUGGCACAAUGUCAAUGCGCGAGAAGCCUGCACCUCUAUCUAUGUCAGGUGCUGGACCGGGGAGUCCAUUGCCGCCUGGCGACGAUCAAGCCGGUUUUGCGCGGAUACUGGAAAUGCUGCAGGGUCGAAGCAAUAAUCCUACACCACAAGGUCAAGAAGCGAAACCGUCGAGGACUUCUCUUCACGGAAAGGAUAGCCAGGAUGUGUCGGAAUCGUCCCAAGCAGGGCCUCAAGGUAUGCCGCUCCUUCAACUUUUGAAUGGAGGGAAUCCGGCAGGUGCCAGAGGUCCCGGUCCAGAGAAACCUACAAGUACAGGUCAAGACUCCGGACCAUCGAGGGCUUCUCUUCAAGAGCGAGGCCCUCAGCAUCUCGUAGAAUCACCGCAAGGAGGACCCACGGGUGCGCCUCUGCUUCAACUUCUCAGUGGAGGCUAUCCGGGCACCAAGGGGCCAGAACCAGACCGACAUGUCACUGCACCCGAGCGAUUUGAGUCGUCUCGUACCCCAGUUGAACAUGGGCACGGUCGUCACAGCAGUCAGAAGGACGAGGUCCUAUUGAACCUCCUGAAACAAGCGAACCAGGUGCCCAAGCCUACUCCAGGAGCCGAGCAGUACGGCCCAAGAGGCAUGUCUGGCGAGAACCUGAAUCGUGCAGCAUUGGCUAGAAAUCAGAUGGCCUCACCUCCAGGUAUUCCCGAUCCCGCCAUGUUACAGCGUCGCGACAAUGGCCGCCCUGACGAAUCGACGCACAUGAGAUAUGGCGAUGAAAUUUCACCCCAAGAAUACAUGGCUCGACGAUCGGCUGGCGAGCCUCCUAUGUACGGCGAUGAGCAGCUAUUCAAUUCUCUCCGUGGGGCCAGCGGUGGGAAACAAGGUCAACCACCAAGUCAUGGCCCUCCACCAGGCUUGGGGAGGCCACCAGGUCUUGAACAGAUGCCACGUCGUAUGCCCCCACCCGGCUGGGCCGGGCAUCUUCCUCCCCCACAGCAACAGCAGCAGCAGCAGCAAUUGCAAUACCGGCAGCAAGGCCCUCCUGGGAUCCCUGGCGGUCGUCCAAAUAUGCCUCCAGGAUAUGGCAUGCCUCCUCCUUCCCAGCAAGGACAAGGCCAACGUCCUCCCCAGGGUUCGGCUCCACCGCCACAGCGCAAGUACACUGGCGAGUCUGGUAUGCCGAUGAUGGGCCCGCCUCCGGGCUUCAUGGGAAAUGGACCGCCGCCAGGACUCCUGGGCCUACUCAACCAACAGCCUCCUCCACCACAACAGCGAUAUCACAUGCAAGGCGGCCCACCUGAGCCACAGGGGCUGGGGCGUGCAUUCAUGGAUAUGUAUGGCGAUGGACUAGGGCCCACUGGUCCACCUUCUGGUAGAAAUGGUGUCCGCGGAACGGGCGGUCACAUCGGUGGGUACCGCUAA